CGUGACUUCGUCUUUCCCUAUCACACAGCCUACAGCGUUUCAGAACGCGAGAAUUCUCAAACGCCACAGCGUUACAACUUGUCUCUGUUACGGUCUAAAAGCUUCAGCUCGUUUGCAUAGACUUGUUGUUACUUUCAGCUUCACUAACCAUUUAAUUACCGUAGCUGAAUAACUAGUGUUGAUUGAAAUCAAGAUGCAGCCGCAGAGAUUAAAGAAGGUUAUAACUGAUAACCCAAAGAAGCUUGGUGAAUUGAUUGAUCUUGUGAAUCUUCCAUCUACUCUACGUGACUUCACUGGUCAGUCUCAGAGUUCUCGUCUAGGUUGUUUCAUGCGUGUCUGGUCUUAUAUCAAGACCAACAAUCUUCAGGAUCCUAAGAACAAGAACGUGGUGAACUGUGAUGAAAAGCUGAAGGGGAUUUUGCUUGGGAAGCCGAGAGUGGAGCUGGUUGAUCUUCCUUCUCUUAUCAAGUUGCAUUUCACCACCAAAGCACCGAACUCGAGUUCUCAAGAAAAAAGAAUGCCAUCCAUCUUUAAGUAUUGAAUUACAUUUUGAUAUAUACAUUUGGUUUUAUGUUUUGAAGCUUUGCCUGUUGACAAUCUUUAAUAAGUAGUUACACAAAACAUAUAUUGAGAAAGAUGGCUCUUGUACAACAUUCUGGAAGCAACCUGACUAUUGGUAACUAGGCUCGGAACUGUAAGACAACAACCCAAGAAUGUAGGAUGUCAAAGAAUUUGUUUUUUU